AUGUCGUUAGCACGCAAAGCGGUCAAUGUGGUCGUCACGGCCGACUCGAUUUGCCCAUUCUGUUACCUCGGAUACACGAAACUCAACAAGGCUGUCGCCACUGCAAAAAGCAAGAAUCUUCCGUUGGAUAUUACCGUGCGCUUUGUACCAUAUCAAUUGGACCCCUCCCUUCCUACGACAUACGCCGUUUCCAAACGCGACCAUUAUCAAAACAAAUUUGGCGCCGCGCGUUUCGCGCAAAUGGAGCCAUUCAUGCAAUCCAGGUUUGCAUCAGAGGGCCUCAGCAUCACCUACGAGGGGAUGCUCCGUCAAACAACUCUCUCGCACCGUCUCAUCGCCAAGGCUUUUCACGUCGGCGGAGAAAGUCUACAGCAGCGCGUCAUCGAAGAAGUGUACAAGACGUAUUUCAGCCAAGGCAAAGAUAUCGGCGAUGUCGCCGUGUUGGCUCCUAUCGCUGCUCAGACGGGUGUUUUCAAGGAUGAAGAACAGGCCAAGGCAUGGUUGGAAGGCAGUGAGGGUGUAGAAGAGUACGAGAGAGGGAUUCUUGAAGCGCAGAAUUCGGGGAUCAGUGGCGUACCAUUCUUCAAGAUUAACGACAAGUGGGCCAUCUCCGGUGCGCAGGAUACUGAACUUUUUGUUAGCGUAUUCGAACGAAUCGCAAGCGGCAAGCUCAUAUAA